AUGAAGGAUCUUGGUCCUUUGUGGUUUUUUCUUGGUAUUGAAGUUACUUCUUCUCCAAAAAGCUAUUUUCUGUCUCAGGCUAAGUAUGCUCAUGAGUUCAUUCACCGUGUUGGUCUUACUGAUACUAAGGUUUCUGAUACACCUACUGAGCUUAAUAUGAAGCUCAACUCUACUUAUGGUGUCCCACUGGAUAAUCUCACUUUAUAUUGCAAGCUUGUGGGUUGCUUAGUUUAUCUGACGGUUACUCGUCCUGAUCUUGCCUAUGUUGUGCAUGUGGUUAGCCAAUUUGUUUCUGCUCCUAACUGUCCACAUUGCGUUGCAUUGGUUCGGAUUCUUCGUUAUCUUCGAG